CAGAGCUGAGAGUCAUUCAGGGUUAAUAAUAUUCCGCCGUGGGGGGGAGCGGGGGAGGACACACAUACACAUACACAUACACACACACACAUACAUAGCCAACCCGGCGACGAGGUUGGGCCUGCGGUGCCUGCCUGCAACCCAGGAAACAUGGAGCUCGAGAAUAUCGUGGCCAACACUGUUCUGUUGAAGGCGAGAGAAGGAGGGGGUGGGAACAGAAAAGGCAAGAGCAAGAAAUGGAAACAGAUGCUUCAGUUCCCUCAUAUAAGCCUGUGUGAGGAGUUACGUCAGACUAUAGAGAAAGACUACAACAGCCUUUGUGAGAGGCAACCAAUCGGCUGCUUUCUAUUCCGUCAGUUCUGUGAUACCAGGCCGGAGUUGAGGCGCUGUGUCAAAUUCUUGGACGCUGUGGUGGAGUAUGAAGUAGCGCCAGAUGAGAAGAGGAAGGAAUGUGGACAGGAACUUCUAGACACGUACCUCAACCCAAAGUCAGAGGACUACAUCCCUGAGGUAACAGAGGAGAUGGUGACUAAGUGUGCAGAACGCUUGCAACAGGAGGCAUGUAAAGAGCUCUUCAUGGAGUGUACCAAACUGAUCCAUGACUACCUGAGCGUGGCCCCCUUCGCAGACUACCUCGAUAGUAUGUACUACAGUCGCUUCUUACAGUGGAAAUGGCUUGAGAGACAGCCAAUCACAAAAAACACAUUCCGUCAGUAUAGGGUUUUGGGAAAGGGAGGCUUUGGUGAGGUCUGUGCAUGCCAGGUGCGGGCCACAGGGAAGAUGUACGCCUGCAAAAAGCUGGAGAAGAAACGCAUCAAAAAGAGGAAAGGAGAAUCCAUGGCACUGAACGAGAAGCAGAUUCUUGAGAAAGUCAACAGUCGGUUUGUUGUGAGUCUGGCGUACGCGUACGAGACGAAAGACGCCCUGUGUUUGGUGCUCACGCUGAUGAACGGAGGGGACCUGAAGUUUCAUAUCUACCACAUGGGAGACGCAGGUUUUGAUGAGAAGAGAGCCGUGUUUUAUGCUGCUGAGAUCUGCUGCGGGUUAGAGGACCUCCAUCGGGAGAGGAUAGUAUACAGGGAUUUGAAGCCAGAAAAUAUACUAUUGGACGAUCAUGGUCAUAUACGUAUAUCAGACCUGGGCCUGGCUGUGCAUGUACCAGAUGGUCAGACAAUCAAAGGCCGGGUGGGAACUGUGGGAUACAUGGCCCCUGAGGUGGUGAAGAACGAGCGUUACACAUUCAGUCCAGACUGGUGGGCUCUCGGCUGUCUCCUCUACGAGAUGAUCGAGGGUCAGUCACCCUUUCAGCAGCGCAAGAAAAAAAUCAAGCGAGAGGAAGUGGAGCGGCUAGUCAAAGAGGUGGAGGAAGAAUAUUCCAGCAAGUUCUCAGAGGAUGCCAAAUCACUCUGUAAAAUGCUGCUAGUCAAAGACCCUUGUGAGAGGCUUGGCUGUCAGGGGGGCGGAGCCUCAGAGGUGAAGGCCUACCCUAUUUUCCGUUCCAUCAACUUCAAGCGGCUUGCAGCAGGCAUGCUCGAAGCGCCCUUUACUCCAGAUCCUCAGGCCAUCUACUGUAAGGAUGUUUUGGACAUCGAGCAGUUCUCCACAGUGAAGGGGGUGGAGCUGGAACCCAAAGACGACUCCUUUUACUGCAAAGUAUCCACUGGAAGUAUUCCCAUCCCCUGGCAAAAUGAGAUGAUCGAGACGGAGUGCUUUAAAGAACUCAACAUCUUGAACUUGGAUGGCACUGUGCCCCCUGACCUGGACUGGAGAGGUCAACCCUCGCCCCCACCCAAACAGGGCUUACUGCAGAGACUCUUCGGCCGGCAGGACUGCUGUGGAAACUGCAGCGACAGUGAGGAGGAGCCUACGCGGCUGUGAAGGCGUGGCCUGCCUAGGGCUCCUCCCCCUACACCACUGAGGAUCUCAUUUGUUUACAGUUUUUGCACAUUUGUAUUUUUAAGAUAGCUCUAUAUAAACAUUGGAAUGUAUAUUUUCACUA